CAAGGUUAUAACAGCAAUUAAGACUUGGAAAACUUAUUUCGAUCAAAUAAUGGGAAGCAAUUGUAGAAGAUUAAUUACUCAAUAGGUUAAUUAAUCUUUUACAAUAGUUCUAUUGCUAUAAAACUUUGAAUUAAGGAUUGCAAUUAACCAUUAACAGUGAUGCUAACUUCCAAUUUUCUUACAAAGGCUUGUUUGGUUUAGUAUUUUAUACUAGGUAGUAAAACAGUUAAAAUGUUUGAUUUCACAGCCUUUGGAACCAAAACGAUUCAAAUAGUGUUUGGACUUCGUUUAACCGAUUUUGAUGAUGCAGAUGCAAUCAGUGAUUUAAAGCGACUUGAAUCAAUUUGUAUUUCAUUCAAUAUUUUACCAAACGGAUUCGCUCAAGAUGAAAGUAUAACUCCAUCUAAAUGGACUAAAACCAGAUCGAUCCUUUAUUCCAGUUUAAUGACUGUUCAUAUUGUUCAUUUAAUAUUGUUGAGUGGUUUUGAUUUACCAGAAGAUUUGGCUUUUGUAUUAGGAGACUUUUUUUACGGUCAUCGAAGUCGCAGAUAUUUUUGGGUUUACUUGCUAAAUCUAACUAUUUUUGGGGAGGUUUUAAGACAUUUUUGGAUACAUUUAUACAAAACUGGUGGACCAUUUUCAUUUCAUAUGCAUAACUUUGUCUACGAUAAAGGAUACAAGCCUGAAGCUUUGUUCAUGAACCAUUUUUAUUGUCGUAAAUAUCGUUUUGUAUCUAAUAGUUUAACUAAUUUGUGGAUAAGAACAGUUGUAACAUCAUGCAUAAGCAUGAGUCCAGUCUUGAUCAUUAUUGUUCAAUCAGUAUCUCAAUUACCACCUGAAACACCUCAACAAUUCAUUUGCACUUAUUUUUGGCUAUUAAUAAGUUAUCUCGGGAUUGUCUGCUCUGUAUGCAACUUGAUGUUAACCGGUGCAAUAAUAAACAUUGAUUUGUCCUACUUUUACUUUAGAGCUGCCCAUGUAACUCAAACUUUGCACAAUUUUGUUGCUGAGAAGAUGUUAUCGCAAAGAAGCGAUUUUAUGCCUUACUACGAAACAACUAUUCGAGAUAUCAUUUCAUUUCUCAAUGAAACAGAGUAUCGUAAUCAUAAAGUGCGGAGCUGGCUUAUAUUUUUGUAUAUUGGAAUAUCUUUUACUGCAGAUUUUGGGUUUUACUCUACCGCUAUAGUUCAUAUUGACCAUGGGUCUUUUGACUUUGUCAUUAUAGCUAUUUCUGGUUUGUCUUUAAUCGCUAUAGGUGGUUGCUCUUAUACGAAUGGUAUUAUGUUGACAAUGAUGCACUCUUGUGCCAAAAAUUACAUGAAAGUGACCAAAUAUUUGCCUUCAGAUGUUACUCCAUUCUUAAAGUUUACUGAUUUACAAAGUCGACUUUCUAGAACUGACAUUGCAUUUACUAUCGGCGAGAUACUGAAUAUGACCACAUAUGUUUUUGUUAUUUACUUGAUCGAAAAUGCAAGCUUGAUCAUGAUGCUUAUCAUAAACAUGAAAUGA